UGUGAAUAAAGUAGGUAUGCAGAGUUUAGACGCCAUUUUGGAUCCAGCGUGCCUGCCUAUGCAGACGGAUAGGUCGAGUGGUCGUUAUCAGGAAAAUGCAGAUAGUUCCAGGUGCAAUGGCACACUUUGUUUAUCCUGUGCCAGCAAAUCCACAGCCUGCUACAGCAUAUCCAGCACAGCCUGCAUACGUUGCAGCAGCUCCUCAAGCUGCUUAUGGGACAGCAGCUCCACGGGCUGGACAGGCAUAUGAAAGUUAUCCAGCAGCUCAUGCAACAACACAGUAUGCCUAUACUACACGAGCGCAAGUGGCUGUUACACCAGCUGUUAGUUAUGAUCAGCCUAAGGCAUAUUACCAGCCUGCUCCAGCUGCAGCCACUGCCUACACAGCUACAGAAGCCCACUAUCAAACAGCAAAACCAAUCUUCACAACGGGUGCUGGGUUUGCUGCGCAAAGACAAGCAGCUGCCCCAAAGGCAGCUACAGCAGUCCAGGUCACAACCACCAGCAACAGUUACACAUAUCCUGCAGCUUCCACCCCUGCUGUCAAUACCUAUAGCACAACCUACACUGCUCCCACUACCACCCAGAGUAGCAUAUCAGGCUAUGAUGCUGUAGUGUACUCUGCAGCAUCAUCCUACUACCAACAGCAGCAGGCUGCCAAGGCCAUUGGCACUUGGGCUGCUAAGAAGCCAGGGACACAGCAAUUCAAAGCAAAGCCCAAAGGACCUCCCAAAACGCCACAGCUCCAUUAUUGUGAUGUUUGCAAGAUCAGCUGUGCAGGGCCACAGACCUAUAGAGAGCAUCUAGAAGGGCAAAAGCACAAGAAAAAGGAGGCAGCAGCAAAGGGAUCACAAGCUCCAGCAGUUCGGGGUGGGCACAACCAGUUACGGUGCGAACUGUGUGACGUAACUUGUACAGGUGCAGAUGCCUAUGCUGCCCACAUACGAGGUGCCAAGCACCAGAAGGUGGUGAAGCUACAUACAAAGCUGGGCAAGCCAAUCCCGUCCACAGACCCAGUAUUGGUAUCCAGUUCUGGGUCAAGCACUGCUGUUCCACCAAAGACUACUUCAUCUGUCAGUACCACACAUGUCACAUCAUCAACCACAUCCUCUGCUGCAAUUGCAGCACCUAAAACUGUUGUGACCAAAACUCCAACUCCAGUUCCAACCAGUGCAGCUGCAGGUUUUGGAGGUGUCAAAAAAGUCAUUGCAGCACCAAAGAUCACCUUCGUGGGUGGGACAACUCUGAGAACCACAGGUGCAAAAACAGAAGAAGUGAAGGUUGUUGAGACAAAGGCAGAACCCAUGCAGACCAUAUCAGAAGAAGAAUUGAAAGAAGAUGAACGACUGAACAUUUUGGGUGAGAAAGAUGUUGCCCCAGUAGGCCAUGAAUACAUUGAAGAAGUACGCAACGAGCAAGGAAAAACUGUCAGCUUUAACUGCAAGCUUUGUGAAUGUAAGUUUAAUGACCCGAAUGCUAAAGAAAUGCAUCUCAAAGGACGGAGACAUCGUUUACAGUAUAAGAAAAAGGUGGACCCAAACCUGCAGGUUGAAGUCAAGCCUAGCAUCAGAGCCCGUAAAGUCCAAGAAGACAAGCUUAGGCGACAGGCGCAAAAAGAAGAUUACUGGAGACGUCGGGAACAAGAAGAUCGAUGGCGUGAAGAAAUGAGAAUGGAAGAGGAGAUGUAUUGGGAGCAGCAGCGUCGCUAUGAUGAGUAUUAUCAUCGUGGUCCAAUGGGUAUGAUUGGACCCAGAGCACCUUUUGUUGGGGGCCCAGCACCUGUGAUGAGAAAACCUGAAUCUUCAGAUGACCGCCAUGUAAAUGCCAAGCACACCAGUAUUUACCCAACAGAAAACGAGCUGCAGUCUGUUCAAACCAUAGUAACAGCAUGCGAGAGAGCACUAAAGCAGGUGUCUGACUACCUGGCAGAAAGUGAUUCUCCAAAAACCACAGAGGCUAAGAAAGAAAGAAAAGAUGAGAACUCAAGUGACAAGAAGGAUGAGACUGUGAAUGCAAGUCGUGUUCUAAAAGGUGUGAUGCGGGUGGGAGUUUUAGCUAAAGGACUGCUGCUGCAUGGAGAUCUUAAUGUGAACUUGGUUGUGCUGUGCUCUGAAAAACCCACGCGAACUCUACUGGAGCGCAUUGCGGACAAUCUACCAAAGCAACUGGCUACUGUCACAGAAGACAAGUAUGAUGUGAGGCGAUGUGUAGAGGAGGCUGCCAUCAUUGUGACGUCAGAAGUAGAGCCCAGCGCUUCAUGCACAAUAACCCUGACAUCCCCCAUAAUGCGAGAUACUAAUCUGCCAGAAGGAGAGACCAUAAGCGUGAAAGACCCGCCGGAUGUUCUGGAUAGGCAGAAAUGCCUGGCUGCUCUAGCUGCCCUCCGACAUGCUAAAUGGUUCCAGGCUAGAGCCACAGGACUUCCAUCAUGUGUCAUUAUCAUACGCAUACUGAGGGAUCUGUGCCAGCGUGUACCUACAUGGUCACAUCUCAAUGAAUGGGCCAUGGAACUGCUUGUAGAGAAAUGUGUGAGCAGUGGAGGCCCAAACAUGAGUCCUGGAGAUGCACUGCGCCGAGUCUUUGAGUGUAUUGCUUCGGGCAUUUUGUUGCCAGGUGGGCCAGGAUUGUAUGACCCAUGCGAGAAGGAGCCUACUGAUGCUUUGGCAUCACUGACCAAUCAGAUGAGGGAAGAUCUCACAGCAUCGGCACAGCAUGCUCUCCGCCUGUUGGCCUUCAGGCAGAUACACAAAGUUCUUGGAAUGGAACCUUUGCCUCCUCCCCGUUUUCAGCGCCAGAGAUUUAAUAACCCACGUAAACGACGCCUAACUAGCAGUGAGGGACCAGACGGUGUAGAGAAGAGAGAGAAGAAAGAAGGAGAGGACAUGACAGAGGCUGUCAACCAGAAAUAGCUGCAUGAAAUGUCUACAAGUCAGCCACUUUGCAUCCUGCAUUUAUUGCGUGGGGGGCAGAGGACUGUAUUGGCAUUUCCUGGUGUUGUCUUGCCUCCCCCCCCCACCCAACCUUGUGGAUGCCAUUUUUGCUUGUAUUGAGGUCAUCGUUUUCCAAGUGUUACCCACUUUGCUGCAUAUUUUCAGGAGUGCAGAAAUGUGUAAUCACUGAGAAUUUUGUCCUGUGUGAGUUAUGAAUGAGGAUGGAAGAAAAUGGAAACAAUUGCAAGUUUUGCUGCCUGUUUAUGAACUUCGUGCCUGCGUGAGACAAACCUUUACAAAUAGUAUGUUAAAAAUUGCAGGAGUGAACAAAGUACAAGCAAUGUGGCAAUCUCAUUUGGCUGAGUUUUCAGACUGAUAUAUAAGGAAUUAGUUUUGUAUUAUUUUUGGGAUCAGAUGGUUCUCUUCAUCACACUACGGUCUUUUACAAACAGCAGGUCAUUAGACCAUGAUGGUCAAGUAUCUAAGGCAAAUAUCAUCGAAGAGAUUCUAGUAAAUUAAAAAGAAAUUAAAAAAAAAACUGGCGUUCUUUGAUACCAGUUGUAAGUUUAUAUUUGCUACUGAAAAACUUUCAAAACUUUAUUAACUUCGUUUAAAAAUUUUUAACAAAAAUUGCAGUUAGAAGAUAGAAUAUUGUCUGAUUCUUUUGUGUCAUUUUUGUGCUGGAAUAUUUACAUUACAAAUUUUGUAAGAUGGCAUGCAAAUUUUAGUUCAUGUUUAGCAUUUUGAACAAUGAGGAUGGGUUGGCGAAGAAAGAUGUUCAGCACAAAGUCUCAUUGUUUUGUAAAUCCUGAAUUUGAGAGGGUAGCUUCCAUGUUGUGAAUCUUGCUUACACAAUCUGUCACAUAUGUUGCCUCAGCUGGUGACCCCAUAGGUCAGCGACCACUGAGUGUUGGCCUUUGUGCGUUUUAGUACAACUUAGCAUGCUGUCAUGCUCAGAUACUGUAAAAAUCUUGUGAAAACAUGCUUCCCUGAAAAUGUCUUGAUCUGAAAAAUGACAGAUGCCCCUGCACAGUAUUUUCUUUUUAUGGCUGACAAGAAUUACUGGUAGUGUUUUUUGUUUCAGUGCAUUGUGUUACAUUUUUGGUUAGAGCAAUUAAAGUCUUCACUAUUUUUA